AUGCAUCAUGACAUUCACUGCCCGUUGCAUAUUUACUACAAUGAGCAUGAACUCAAUGCUAAUCAGCUUAUAUCUAUUAGUCAGACAGUUCAGCCCAAAUUCGAACUCGAGUUCCACAAUGAUGUUGGAGAAAGUCGAAAGUUUGUUUUCCAACCGAAUCGAGAGUUAUUGAAAACUACUGAGGUUGACAUACCAUGUCAUUUUGAGGGUACAAGCAAUGCCGGUGAAUAUAGUGCUAUGAGCACUUGUUCGAUGGGAUUAUUUAUGAUAAACGGUCGACGAUAUGUGCUAGAAGCAAAUUCGAAUGCAUCAUUCCAUUUCGUUCCAUUAUCUGAUUAUUCCUGUGAUUGGGGAUUAAGAAGUAAGCGUUCCAUUGUUGGAUCUCAUACAGCUGAAUAUUAUGCUCAAUUUUUAGAUGAACGUUGGCGUUAUGUGGAGUUAGCACUUAUUGCAGAUAAAUUAGUGUUGUACUUGCCUAUUAAUAUUCGAGUGGUUCUUGUUUGGGCUGAUGUAUGGACAACUAGUAAUCCAGUAGAUAUUACAUCAAAUUCUGAUACGACGUUGUGGAAUUUUUUGAACUGGCGAAAAGGAUUGUUGAAGGAUCAUCCGCAUGAUAAUGCGCAUUUACUUACUGGAGUUGUAUUUGAAAAUAAUAUUGUUGGAAAAGCUUUCAAAGGCACUAUGUGUUCGUAUGAUUUUUCGGGUGGAGUCGAUAUGGAACACAGUGAUCAGGCUGCAUUUGUUGCUGCAACCAUUGCUCAUGAAAUGGGACAUAAUUUUGGGAUGGAACAUGAUAUCGAUGAAGUGGAGUGUCGUUGUCCAGCCAAAUCAUGUAUUAUGUCACCAUCUACCGGCAUUACGCGUCCAACAUUUUGGUCAGAAUGCAGUAUGCGUGCAUUACAGCACAGUUUUUCGCGUGGAGUGGAUUAUUGUUUACGCAAUUCUCCUAAGAGUGUAUUUGGUGGUGCACGUUGUGGCAAUGGAAUUGUAGAAGCUGGGGAAGAAUGUGACUGUGGAACACCGAGCUCCUGUAUCAACAAAUGUUGUAAUCCUGCAACGUGUCAACUAGCGGAAGAGGCUGUCUGCGCCAGUGGUGAAUGUUGUGAUUUGAAUACUUGUCAGAUAUUACCAGCUACUACCGUUUGUCGUCAAGCAGUUAACGAAUGUGAUUUACCAGAAUACUGUGAUGGACAUAUGGAACACUGUCCAGCAGAUUUCUUUGUGCAGGAUGGUCAUCAAUGCCCAGAUCAUAUUGAUGAUUAUUGUUAUAAUGGUUAUUGUGGAAGUCGUGAUGCUCAUUGUCAGCAUAUUUGGGGACUAACCGGAAGAAAUGCAGCGCCAGCAUGUUAUGAUUUGAAUUUAUAUGGGAGCAGUGGUGGAAAUUGUGGUUUUUUGCAUGAGACUAAUCGUUUUGUGCCGUGUGAUAAAAAUAAUAUUCAGUGUGGACGAUUGCACUGUAUUCAUGAGAAUGAGAAAUUGGCAUUUGGUGAUCCGUCAACAGUUUACACAGCAUACACUGGUUUACGGUUAAAAAAUGGAGAAGAUGUUGCGUGUAGAGUAGUUUGGACAAAAUAUGCGAGUGGUCAAGAAGAAACUGACCCUGGAAUGGUUCCAGAUGGUGCAUUUUGUGGUUUGGAUAAGAUGUGCGUUGAUGCAAAAUGUCAAAAUCGAACUGCAAAAGUACUUAUGGCACCAAAAUGUGAACCAGUAUCGUGUAAUAAUGCUGGAAUCUGUAAUAAUAUGGGUAAUUGUCACUGUGAUCCAGGUUACGGUGGACCAUCCUGUGCUAUCCCUGGUCCUGGUGGGUCAGUAAAUAGCGGUCCUGCUACUGAAGGUGGUGUUAUUCAUGUAGGUUUUGUGGUAUUUUGGCUUCUUCUGAUAUUGACUGUUGCGUUCAUUGGUAUUUCAAUUAUCGUGAAACGGAAAAGAGACUUCUGGCUUCAUAAAGAAAUUUGGGAAAAGUUGAAGAAGGCAUUGAAGAUCGAGAAGCUUUUGGUACCAAUUCGGAAAGCGCCGCCACCACCACGAUCAAGUACUAUACGUACCGCCGAUCUGAAUUCACUAUGGAAUGAUUCUGCAUUUGAUGCUUUACAUACUCGCAAUUAUCAACAACCACUUCCACCCAGUAUCAGUCCACCAGUUGUUCCAUCCACUAAUUUUAAUUUAUUGUCGGCAAAAUCAAUUGUUACAACACAUCGUAAUUCAAUGAGACCAACCACUGCUCCUCCUAAAGUACCACAGCGACCGCGAAGUGAGGCUUUACAAGCGCUGUAUGCAGAGAAAGGGAAUGAACUUAGUAUGAAUUUGACUAAGAAAAGUUCACCGAUGUAUUGCAUUCCACCAGAAGCUAAUACAGUAAAUGUGGUAAGGACAGAAAGUUUAAGGCCCAUGCAGGCACCGCCUCCACCGCCUCAUCAUAAUCAGGCUAAAAACAACGAUACAUCUGAUAAUAAAGGUCCAAUAUUGGCUGCGAAACAUUCAAAUGUAAAGGAUAUUGCUGCACGUUUUGAUUCUAAGACGUCUCAAAUCUCCACUAAAUUUAUCUAA